GCGGGGUGAACCUGCCGUCGCAGCAGCAGCAGCGAUGGGACGAGCUCAGAGGAAUGACAGCCUGUGCAGGAAUCUAGGCUGAAACUGUGCAUCCCGUCGCAGAGGGAGACGGUGGCGCUCGGCACCGGGACAACUAUGUGAUAUUUUGUCCGUCCUGAGAUAUAUAUAUUUUUUUUAAAUUUAUUUAAUCCACACUAAUGUGAAGAAUGGAUCCUGUGAAGUGGGCGCUGAAGACACGGCGGUGUCCUCUGGGUGUAGCGGUGCUCCGUGUCAAACUCGACUGUGGAUGUGCGGGAAUGCUGCGUCUCCGUGUGGGACGGUGAAAUAAUGUGCAGCAGAUAUAGGGAGCGGGUGUGAGUGGAGGAGAUAAAGGGAAUAAUUACCUCUCUGACCGGAGACUGUGAGCGGAACCGACGCUCACUCUCAACACAUUGGAGACUUUCUGCUGAACUGUUUUAUAGGUACACUUCUUUUUUUUUUGCAUGUCGUUAGACAGUCGCACCACGUGAACCUUUAAUCCGCACAUGCAUUAAUGUCCAAUCACGCAAUCUGAUAAUUGAACCGAGUCUAUUGCGGAUUAAACGGACACAGCAGCUCUGAGCGUCACAUUUGAUCUGCCAUUUGUCGUUUUUAAAUGUCCAGCUUAAGUUAGAUUUUUCAGGGAUGAUGAUGAUGAUGAUAUUUCAGGCCAGGGAUUAGCCUUUAAUAUAAUAAAGAAUUACACAAAGGGAAAUGCGACGCUAACAUGUAACAUUAGUAGGUGUUUCGUUAGUUCAUUAUUUAUAAUCAACCUGAACCUUUUACGCACACCUCUCCACUGGAUGCAUGUUGCCAGAAGGUGAAGUCUAUUCUAUUUUCUAUUUUUUUGUUUUGCUUGGAGAUCAUUGACGAGGCAGUAACUUGUAUCUCUGCUGCAUGAAAACACGAAAUGCAGGAGAGUUAUAAGGAGAGUUACUGCCAAUGCGCUCGUUUGUUGAAGUUGCUUUUUACGCACCGAAAACAGUGAAAGCCUCCACUUCUUCUACUCCUUUGUUGAAUCACAGAUGCAUGGCUUUUUAUGACACUUCUUUUUUUUGAUACCCAUAAGCAUUUUUGAGGGGUUGAUAUGACGAGGAACCGCCUGUGGUGAUUUCCCUGCUGUUUCCAUGCGUCUGUCUUCUCCUUCAGACCUCUGGGCGUCGUUGUGGAUUGUGUUGCUGUUUAAAGCAAUGGGCUGCAUCCAGAGUAUCAGGUGUAAACCCAAGAGUUUCCGAGACAGUGUCAUCGUCCUGGAGGUGAACACCUCCAUCGAUUCAAACCCCACCAGCAUCGACGAGUCAAACAGCGUGGUGCUGCGUUACCGGACACCGCACUUCCGCGCUCAUGCCCAAGUCCUGGUGCCGCCGGUGUCCUGUCAGGAGACGUGGACCAUCGGGUGGAUUCAAGCGUGCAACCACAUGGAGUUCUUCAAUACAUAUGGAAACAAAGGGAUGUCGAGUUGGGAGCUCCCGGACCUGCGUGACGGCAAGAUCCAGGCCAUCAGCGACUCAGACGGCGUUAACUACCCAUGGUAUGGCAACACCACGGAGACCUGCACUGUUGUGGGCCCCACCAAGAGGGACAGCAAAUUCACCGUUAGUAUGAAUGACAAUUUCUACCCCAGCGUGACGUGGAGUGUGCCAGUCAGUGACAGCAACGUGCCUCAGCUUAGCAGCAUCCACCGUGACCAGAGCUUUACGACCUGGUUGGUGGCCAUCAACCAGGCCACCUCAGAGACUCUCGUACUGCAGACAAUCCGCUGGAGGAUGCGGCUCCACAUCAAAGUGGACCCCGACAAGCCUCUGGGUCAGCGGGCUGUUCUGAACGAGCCUGUGAUCCAAGAACAGCCCCAGAUCCUCGGCAAGAACGAGUCCAUCGCCUCUAAUGCCAUGGUCAAGCCCAACGCCAAUGACGCCCAGGUGCUCAUGUGGCGGCCAAAGAAUGGUGACCCGGUGGUGGUCAUCCCACCAAAAUACUGACCUGCUCACUGACCAGGCUGGCCUUGGAUGCUUCACCAGUAUCAUGUUAUUUGUUCUGUUUAGUUUUUGUAUUCCUGCUCUUCACCAGCUCUCACCGCUUUAGCCCUUCAUUGACUUUCAUUUCCUUCUGUUUUUGCCUCCUAUGUUUGAAAUCAAGUGACAGAGAGAAAAUAGGCAGAGACAAAGCUCUGAGGAAAAAAAAGACCUGCUGAGUGGGAGCGAGUUGAAAAAACGUUUCGAACUGGAGUGAACAAAACUGCAACCAUUCUACCUUCAAACUGGGUCGGGUCUCACUGUGCUAAAUUAGGAAAAAACAAGUAUUUUUUUUAAUUUUAUUUUAUAUUUUUGGCUGUGCAGGUCAAGUGAAGGGUUGCUGAGUGUGGGUGGAUCAUAGUAUUUACAUGCUACAUACCUGGAUAUGCACAAAUGCUGUGUUCAAAUUCCAGUUGUAUUUUUAUUUAUGGUUGGGAGAGUGCAUCUAACUUUUUUUGUUGUCGUUGCCGUCAUGUGUGUCACACGGCGAGUUACAUUGAGUGACUAGACUUCAGUACUUAAAAAAAAGAAGAAAAACAUGCAAGACAUUCAAUCCAUGCUGCCUUAAUUAAGUUAUCACUUUCCACCGCAAACAUUUUCGCCUUAAACAAAGUGCAGCGCAGUAUUUUGCUCAUUUGUUGCAUUUUGUUCAGACUGUUGGUGCUGGCACGUGUGGGUUUAGGACGGGAUUAACACCACGGAAGGAGAAGCGGAUUGGAAAUUUGGGAUUUUGUGUUGCAGCUGCAUUUACCUCACACAUUUUCGCCUAACAGCUAGCACACAUUACAUACAACCAGCGUCGCGCGCACGCACACACACACACAGUCACAAUACCAGGCUAAUUCGUUGUUUUCCAAGUGCAUUAUGCAACAGAGACGCUGCUCUGUGCAGAGGCCCACUCCUGUCACUCAGUACAUUGAACUACACGCGCAAUAACAACCUGAGUAAAAGACAAUGAAAAGCACACUCAAGCUCAUUUCACUUCACUUUAUUCUCUUUCGUAGCAGCUGUAGUGUUCAUCAUCCGUUCUCGCUAUCGCUCCAUCUCAGGGCCCAUUUUCACUUCUUCAUCCAUCUUGUCUUAUAACUACUCUUUCUUGCCAUAGUGAGUUUAUGUCGCUCUUACACCAAACUGUUAAUACUGAAAGAAUGGAUUAGCAGUCACAGACUGGGGGACUUUACUUUUAGCAACCACAAUAUAAAAGUCCUUUGACAAUCAUACACGUUUAUAUACGAUUGUAUUGUCGUUGAAUCAGUGAUACCACUUUUCCAACAACAUAAAAACCAAUAUCCCUCUUCUCACUCUACACUUUUGUGUGUGUUGUUGAGGAUGAAAAAUAGAGGAGGAGUCAUGCGAGUCUGCUCCUAACUGCUUGGUCAGUGUAUAGAUGACCCAGUCCUGCUUCUUUAGCUCUGGCUGAAAAAAAAAGACGUGAGGCCACUAAACUGAGCUGUGGUCAGCUAAAUACUAAUAUUAACUGAAUGAAUGUAUAUUUAAACCGUAAUCUUUGAACAUGGCUUCAGCUGCAGAAAAAGAGACCCAAAAAACUACUAAAGAAGCUAUAAUUCCCUUGGGGCUCUACUCAAAACAACUAAAUCACAGUCUGUUUAUUUCAAAAAGACGUAUGAGCUGCUCAUUCAGUUUAUUAGCGAUUCCUCUCCAGUGAGUGGACAAAGCCUAUGUGUUCUUUUUAGAAAAGGCUCUGUAUGUAACAGCAUAUACUCAGAAUACCGACUACACAAACUACUGUUGAAUACCGAUGUAUUCAUUUCAAAAUAUGAAAUAUGGAAAUUCAUACUUUAACCACAAAUAGCAUGGUGUAGAAUCUAACAAACUGACUCGUUUUCUAUUAAUAAGUCAAACACUCCACACAUGUACACAGGUCAAAUUAGUUUUGGUCCAAACUGUAGCUCAAAGGUCAAAUCCAUUCACGCCAUUGUUGUUAUUUAUAAUUACAUUUUCAGCCAGUACAUGGCUCCAUCAAACACUGUGCAUGUGUAGCCGUGAUGACCUGCACUCUGUGGCUGCAUCGUGGUGGUGGUGGUGGGAGUGGGAGAAAAGACACAAAAGGCUGGUUGGGGACUCCUCAUAGUUAAAUCUGCAGUGAAACACUUACACGAUGAACUAAACGGUGCCGAGUUGUGCUGUGCAACAUAAGUCAGGGUUGAAGUGAGGUCAAAUAGCAAAGGUCAGGGGGCAACAAAUCUGAAGUUGCAACAGCCGUAAACUGACCUGAAUUGAGACGAGAGGCUGCGGGAGAAUGAAUGUGGGGGUGAAGACAAACUGAGUCACUUUAGAAAACACGUUUGUAUCGUUGACGGCAGCUAGUCUUCAAGCUGGACUACAUGUAAUUUAAUUAAACGUCGACAUUGCAUUCUCAACGCAUGUACGUUUUCACACCUAAUAGUCCGCUAGACUCGGUACGAUUGGGACUCGGUUCAAUUCGGGUGUUGCAACAUUCAGCCGGUCCAAGUUUGAUUUCACACUGAACUCUAGUGAAAUGAAUAAUGUAUUCACUGCAUCAAGAAUUACUGAAGAAGAAAACUUGCUCAUCUAUUGUGUUUCUGCCACAUAAGAGCAAAAACAUGGAGCAUGCAGCUGUACCCACAAUGCCCUGCAUUGGAGUCCACUUCCUGCAUUUGGUUUGCUAGAAGCGAACCGAGACCGACGUUUGAGCAAACAAACUAGGAUUCGAUAAAGAAGGGCUGAUGAGAGGAUGAGUUUCGCUGAUGCAUUUCUCCUCGUCAUAAACACACACAUGCAUACAUGUGCACACAAAUGUCCCAAGAGGGAAAGGCACGAGGCCGCCGUAGCGUGUGAUUGUCACAGAGGUGUCACAUUGGCAGUGUGAAGUCAUUUAUCAGUCUUGCACGUGGAGCGCCUGAAUACAUGCACUUGCUACAAAGCCAUAGGCACAAGCACACCUGUCUACUGAAAAAUGGGGUGAUAUAUGCAUCUCUUCUUUUUUGAUAAACUAGAGUGAGGACAUUUUUAUAUGAAAGAGAAAUGGAGGUAUAGCGAGGAUGGAGUGGCUGCCAGACAACUAUCAGUGGUGUCUUAUGUUAGGAAAAGGGCACUAAUCGUCUUCUCUAUUAAUGUCGCUUAAUGAUUUUCUAUUCAUGCCUCAGACACUUCAAUAGAAGGUAUAUGUGCUUCCUUAGGUGAGCCACAGAAAAACAAAGCGCUGCAUUGUUUGCUGUAUAGAGGAAGUGCCAAAAUUGGAUUGCGCCAAAACUAUGCACUAUUAACGUCUUUGGUAAGUUGUGAAUUCAGAAACCUCUUUGCACUGGAUAACAGGCCCAUUUGAAGCUGUUUCUCGAAUCAGCAACCGCUCCCUAGCAUAAUUGUAUUUCCAGAUUAACGAGACACUGUGUGUUGUAGUUUUCUGCGCGUGCGGCUGUGACAAGCGAUCAAAAGCCUCCUCUCCUAAACCCACACCAUUACAGUUCUUCUGAGGGCUGCUACCUUUGCUUCGGCUCUUUAUGCAUUUUUUUUUUUUUCUUAAACCACUGUGACACCCCUUUAUUUAAACCAAUAAAACCUCCCAAGAUCACAGGUUCA